AUGUCCAGCUCACACUCCACCAUUCACAUUCCCUCUGUGCCGGACGUUCUCGACAGUGUCCGUCUCCGAGACAUCGAGCUUCCUCUCCCCGCAGCCCCAGACGCCUGGCACCGCCCCGACAAAGCCCAACCAUGCAUCGCAAGCCUAAAACUAUCCUACUCAUCCGCCAUCGCUUCAGCGGCUCAAGAUGAAGUCUCACUCUCCCUGGACUACGGCAAGCUAUUCCGGCGACUCGAGGCCGAUAUCCGCAACAUGGCGCAACUCUCUACUUCAUCCGAGCACCCCCACCAUCAGAUGGUCAGUGUGGAAGGAACACAACGCGAGGAUAUGAAGAUUAGUGCCGUGGGUCAAGACCCCCGCGUUACGGCAGGUAUCGUCGCGAACUGUGGACUAGGGUUGCUGGAUGAUACGGCGGCCGGUGUGCAACGGAUGGAAAACGUUCAGCAGAGCCAAUGGAAUAGCUACUCGGGUGUUGGGAUACUACCUGCGAAAGCCACUUAUCCACUUGAUAGUGAGUAUGGCAAGUGCGAGGUGUGGCUGCACCUGCCCAAGGCGUUGUUGCGUGCCGAGGACGGACUCAAGUACCGUAGUGUUACGGCGUGGGGUUACAAGAAGACGCCUGGAGAUGGAGAGGCGGUUGAUGUCUCUUCGCGGGUUCCUGUUGUUUUGGAGGAGGAGUUCCGCGUUGAGGGAAUCCGUUCUUACUGUGUUUUGGGAGUUAACCCGCACGAGCGUGUCGAGAAGCAGGCUGUGAUCAUUUCUCUUACGUUUGAGGGGGCUGGGCAGCAUGCUUGGGGAUCGACCUUCCUUGACACUUAUCAAGCUAUGACGAGAGCUGUGGCAGAGAAAGUGGAUGAGACUACGUUCUUGAGUGUCGAGGCACUGGCAACAUUCGUGGCCCGCAUUGUGACUGUGGACUUUGGCAAUGAGCGAGUCACUGUCAGAGUCGAGAAGCCCAGCGCCUUGGCAUUCGUGCAGCGAUCUGGCGUGGAGAUUACUCGAUCCCAGGCAUUCUUCCAGAAGCAUGAAGUGGCGCGGUGA